UUCGAAAAUAAAUAAAUAAUGAGUAAGUUAUUGUUUUUGUCCUUUCUGAAUAUGCUGCUACUGUAUACCACAGAUGCAAAUUUAUACCAAAUGGAAAGGGGUUCAACUAUAAAGUUGCAAUGUCCUAAUACGAACGAUGAUGUUGCGAACCCUGGCAUGAAUAUGAUUAUUGGAAGACCCGGCAAAAUGGGUCCACAAGGUCCACCAGGCCCACCUGGCAUAAAAGAACCCGACUCUGUUCUAAGAAAGAAAUACGAAGGAAGAAUAUCAGAAUUGGAGACAAAGUUAUCGAAUCUGAAUGCAAUCGGAAAAUUAGGAUCUCACGCCAAUCCAGCAACUAGUUGUUUGCAAAUCAGACAAACGAAUUCAGCUUCAAGCAAUGGAAUAUACUACCUUGUCGAUAGUGAGCAAAACGUGUUCUCGACAUACUGUGAUAUGACAACAGAUAGUGGUGGGUGGACUCUCAUUGCAUCUAUCCAUGAAAACAACAUGAAUGGAAGGUGCACAGCUGGGGAUCGGUGGUCAAGUGAGCAAGGAAAUAGCGCUGAACAUCCGCACGGAGACGGAUUUUGGGAAAACCGAGCCAUUCAUGGAAGUGCCUCAUCGUCUAGCAGUGAUGAUUAUAAAAGUGUUGGCUAUUUCACUAUGAAAGCAGAAGAUAUCAUGAUAUGGCAUGUUCCGAAUGACACACCACUCAACAGUUUUGAAUCAAGUGCAUUUCUAAAAUACUUCACCCGAUCUAAGUUCUUGACGACAUACGGUGGAAAUCUGCAGACUUUAUACACUGGGUAUUUCCCAAUGAGAAGCAAAACAUACAGAACAAACACGGACAAUGGACCUGCGAUUCCAGUUUACUGGGCUAGAGGAAGUGGUGACAAAUUGGCGGCUCUUUUACCUUCCAACGCUCAGGCCGAGACGGAUUCAGGUUAUAUUCAGUUUCGAGCCAUAAACAAAGAAAGAAACGCCUUUGCACUGUGUCCAGGGGUGCGAAUCAAAAGGGGAAAGUUUAAUGUUGAACACGUGUGCAUUGGUAGCACAAGCUACAACAUGGGGGGGCAUAGUGGAGAAGAAAGAUAUUGCGGUGAUUAUGCAGCAAAAGAUUGGCCAAAGUGGACAUCAAGCGACAAACUCAUAAAAUCUGUCGUUAUGAUAUUCUACCGUUAGAAUAAAGUAACAUCCUGACAAAACUGAAUUAAAAUCAUAUGAAGUUUAAAUAGCACAUUUCUAAUGUCGUCUUAAGUGAAAAACAUUGUUUUAAAAUGUUUCACUUUCGCGUCGUUUAUAUUAUUUACAAUAUGUACAAAAAUAUUGUGUAUGUGGGAACUAUAUAUAUUAUGUAAUAUAUUGAGAUAUUAAUUACAAA